AUGGAUGCACGCGCACUGGAAGAUACAAUACGUCAAAAGUCUUCUCAGCCUAACCAUGAGAGUGAUUGCCAUAACAACUGGACUAUACUGCUCACAGUUAACAACGCUUAUUUUGACUUUUUUCAGAACUGGCAUUUGGCUUACAGCAAAUUGAAUAUUAAUUACCCAAUAAUCAUCGUAGCAGAAGACGUUUUAGUUUAUGAAAAAUUAAAGCCAUUUCAGUCUGAAUCGGUGACAAUAGAAAAAAGUGGGCAUGAGGAUGUUAAAAAAUCUGCAGCGUACGGGAGUAAAGAAUUUAGCAAAUUAGUUUCUCAAAGACCAACGCAUAUUUUGAGGCAUCUGACAAAAGGAGUAAAUAUUCUUUACUCGGAUAUAGACAUGGUUUGGCUUAAGAAUCCAUUCCCAUAUUUCAAAGGUGAUUUUGAUAUGUGGAUUGAACUUGACAGCAUUAACAAUUAUUGCACAGGUCUUAUGGCAAUUAAAAGCAACAAAAAUUGUUUGAGACUUAUUAAGACCUGGCAAAAUUCUCUGCAGCUCAAGCAAGAAAUAGAUCAAACAGCAUUUAAUAAAGUAGUAAAUAAAGCUCCUAUAAAUAUUUCAAUUUUAGACAACCGUAUAUUCCCGACUGGUCAACAAUAUUUUGGCACGUUAACGGACAAACAGCGAGCAUUAGCAAUAGUCGUUCAUAACAACUGGAUAGUAGGGCAGACAGCAAAGCUGGAGCGUUUCAAAAAAUAUAAACUUUGGUUUGUUCCUGUUUAA